AUGGCAACUACAGACGCCGAAGCCCGGUCCCACAGUCCCCGGGAGUGCCGUCUUGGGCUGGAGGCUCGCGGCCCCGCUGCUGCCACCUUCUGGGUCGCGAUGGACUUGCCGGCGGCCGAGGGUUGCCGGAAGAUUAUUGAACACAUUGAAGCUGCGAUUGAACAAUUUCAAUUCAGCAGCAGACUUGCUAUUUCAGAUGACUUGAGGAUUGGCUUUUUCAGCACUGACUCUGCUACCCAGACAGAAGUCAGUGAAAUCUUAACAAUUAAGGAACUGACUUUAUCUACACGAAAUCUAGUCAAGAUCGUCAAAUCCCUUCAGGUGGAUUUUACCUUUCUCAAGCAACUGCUUCAAUUGCAGUUUGAAGACCGACUCAAAGAGGAAUCCUCGCAUAUCUUCUCAAUUUUAAGUGACAGGAUUCAAACCCUUGAACAAGAGCGUUACCAGAAUGAGGACGUUUUACGAAUGUGCUACAAACAACAGUUGUCUGAUGCUAUCGCUGUCAUCAAAGCAAUGUACAAGGUGAUAGAAGAAGGGUGA